GGUGUGGUCCCCCCGGGGCCGGCGGGCGCAUGGUGGGUGGGCCCCGCGGGGGGCCCCCCCCAGGUGAACUGCCUGGAGCCGCACCCCCACCUCCCCGUCCUGGCCACCAGCGGCCUCGACCACGAUGUCAAGAUCUGGGCGCCCACGGCCGAGAACCCCACGGAGCUCACAGGCCUCAAGGAGGUGAUCAAGAAGAACAAGCUGGAGCGGGACGAGGACAGCCUGCACCACACCGACAUGUUCGACAGCCACAUGCUCUGGUUCCUCAUGCACCACCUCCGACAGCGGCGUCACCACCGGCAGCGCCGACGGGAGCCCGGGGCGCCGGACGGCGACUCGGACGAGUCCCCCAGCUCCUCCGACACCUCGGACGACGAGGAGGAAGGCCCGGACCGGGUGCAGUGCAUGCCCUCAUGAGCCCCCCCCCCCAGCCCUGGGGCGGCGGGG